UCUCUCUGCCCCGCCCUCUCUCUCUGCCCCUCCCUCUCUCUCUGUUUCUCUCCUUCUCUCAAAAUAAAUAAGCUUUUUAAAAAAAAAAAAUGCAGAGACUUUCAGGUGGCUUAAACUAAAGCCAUGGAAAGUCCCUUCCUCCCCAGUAGUUCAUGCAGGCAGUUGAAGUAUACCCGAGAUCUGGGGAGUGACAGGCAUGGGUAUCAACUAUGUCCUGCCAGAGGGCUGAAUCCCUCAAAGUCAGAGUGUCCAAGGCUAGAAGACAGUAGGCUGACCGCCCACUCCUGGUUCCCUCCUGCUGUGUGACUCACUCAGUUUCUCUGCCUGUUUAAUGGAAACAGUAGCAGCCAGGACCAGAGAACAUACAGAGCACUUUAAGAUCCUCAGAUGGAAGUCCUGGAAAAAGUACCAAGGCCACAAUUUUCAAAUGACUCACUUCCAGGUGAAUGACCUGGUGGGACGCUCACUGCCUGGGAGGGGGCUGCGCUUUGGAGCUAUCCUGGGCUGCUCCUGCUUUCUCCCCCAUGCCAUUCCCCUGCGGUGGAUACAGGAAAGUCUCCUUCCAACCUGCACCAAACCAUAGGGAGGGUGUUGUCAUAAUUUGAGUCCUGCUUGUUGGCACAAAACCAUGUGCUGUUAACAGACUAUUCUCCUGGGAGCCUGUUUCAAUAACCUUAGAAGUAGUCAGGGGACUACUGACUGAAGUUCAUGAAAAGGUCCUUUGUUCACUGAGACUUUGUUCCAGAGGGGCAGGACCACAGCCAGGCGAGCCUGGGCUGGAGAGGAAGAGAAUGAGGGAUCCCUCAGCUCCCCCACUGCGUGCUGCCCCCAAAAUGCCACUUUCUCCCUGACGCCUCCCACCAAAACACACUACCCAGUGCCAGGAGGGCCAUCACCCCCUUUUCCCAAUGCACCGUCCUUUCGGGUGAAUAGUGGUCUCAGACAUCCCAAGUCACACUCCCAGAAUCUCUGGGUGGGAGGAGCUUUGAAAGCUCAUUAAGUCUGAUUCCCUGCUUCAUGCCCAGAUUUCACCUAAACUGUCACCUUCUUUCCCAAAACAGUACAGGAAAGCCCGUAGGUGCACUGUAAUAUUUCACAGAUACCAGGUCACUGAGCAGCACAGCAUCAUGGGAAGACCAGAGGCUUAAGUCAGUCCUGAGUUCAAAUCCCAGCCCCAAUCCUGAGCGAGUGGCCUCACCACUCUGUGCCUCAGUUUCCUUAUCUGUAAAAUGAGGAUAGUGCCUCUUUUGGAAGUUUAUUAUGAAGAUGAUUCACGUCAAGCCUCUUGCACAAUGCUAAAAUGCCAAUAAAUGUUACACAUUGGUCACUAUUUUCUAAAUCCCCCCAUGGGGUGUCAGGGCCAUGGGGCUUGCUUGUCUUUUUUUCCAGAAAGGGAGAACGGCUUGCCACUCUUCAAGGGUUGCUCCUCUGCUACUUCUUACUUAAUUUGCUUUGAACCCUAUAAUCCUCCAUUUAUCUUACAUUUCUAUAAGAGUCUGAAGCAAGGAAGUGGGUGUCAAGGGCAGAGGCAGCUGAGGGUCAGAUAAACGGUUCACUCCUGGGUUGGGUCAUCUUCUCGGUAAACAUCGGUGGUGAGUCAGCCUGCAGUUAGAUGCAGGCCGUCCAGACCUGAGGCCGCUGAGGUCUGUCUCCAGGGCUGCAUCUGCAAAGGGGUUUUGCUCACAUUUCCCAAGGCGCUUAACAACUGUUAGCACUUUGCUAACUUUCUGACUGCAGAGUGCUUCCCAAGGAAAAAAACAAAAACAAAAACAAAAACUUACAAGUUACUUCAUCAGGGAUCUCCCACUCCACUCCCAUUUCAGAUUCCUACUCCUGGGAGUAAACACAGUGAGGGUUUUCCCUGGUCCUGACUUCAUCCAUUCAGCAGGUGUUUGCGGAUGGCCUGCACCUCUCUUUAAUGCCCAGGCAUCAGGGACCAGCAUUGGUUUCUCCUUCUAGGUGCUCAGAAAGAGUGGAGGCGCUGUCUCUAUUGAUGCUGCCAGAUUGGGGUGGCAGUGGGGGGUGAGCUGCAGUCUCCCCAGGGGCCAAGCUUCCUGCUCUCCCUCUGUGGCAGCCUCUGGGGUCUUUCAAAGAAACAGGGAGGUUAGGAGACAACCAGACUAAGUCCCCAGGCUUCUGGAGUGUUGCAGGGAUGUUGACCAACACCCCCCCGCACCGUCCCUAGAGCACUCCCUAAGAUGCAGGACUUAACAAAUCAAAAGAGACAAACCCAUACCAACACCAAGAUAACAACGUCCUUUAUGGAGCACGACCAUGUAUGUGACUACCAUGCCGAGGAAGUACUAUUGUCACCACAAGUGAGAGACUUGAGAUUCAAACCCAGGCCUUCUGAUUCUAGACCUUGGCUCCAUUGCCCCUGUACACUAAGCCUCUACAAAGCGUUAGUCUCUUCUGAACUGAAGAGCCUUGGGCUGUUUCUCUCUGGGUGGCCUCGGGGUGGAGUGUGUCCUGUGAACUUGGCAUUGUCAGUGUCUACUUGCUGCCUGCCCCAGCCUGACCCGCAGGUACCUGCUGUACCUGUUUGGGGACACCUACUACGUGCCAGGCACAGCCCCGGGCAGAAACCAGGGCAGGGCUCAGGCUUCAGUCCAUCCCUGUGGCUGGAUGCCGUUUUGUGUAAUUCACAGGGAAGGGGACUCUGAGCAGUCCUAGAUGAUUCUGGGGGUGAUUUUGCCAACUGUUCCUGGCCUUGUGGUCUCGGCCCUCUGCUUUCCGGGACGGGGAGAACUGGUUGGCCCUGACUGUGGCGGCCCUGGUGGGGGAAGGCAGGCUAACUCUGGCUCUGGUGUUCAGCCCGGGUUCCUGCAGCAGCACAGAGGCCUGCCACAGACUCUUAAGUUUUUUACGACUGGGUUGGCCUCCGUCUUCUCUUUGUGUCUCUUGCUGUUCCCCUUUAUUAAGAUGAAAGGGGUUUUAGAUCUUUGCAGGCACAGAGUGUGUGUGUGUGUGUGUGUGUGUGUGUGUGUGUGUGUGUGUGUACACACAUACGUACAGGAGGCCCAGCGCUCUUCCCUUCCUCCCCACCCCUCUCCCCCUCUCUCCAGCCCAGCUGGGGCCCAGGCAUUGUGUCAGGUACCGCCCAAGCCACAGAGGACCCGGGUGGGAGAACAGCCUGUUCACUGUGUGGGGGCCAGAAUCCCUCAAGCCAGGACGAAAGUUGCAGCCAUGGCUCUGGGGCUCUUCCGGGUGUGUCUGGUGGUGGUGACAGCCAUCAUCAACCACCCGCUGCUGUUCCCGCGGGAGAACGCCACGGUCCCCGAGAACGAGGAGGAGAUCAUCCGCAAGAUGCAGGCACACCAGGAGAAGCUGCAGCUCGAGCAGCUGCGGCUGGAGGAGGAGGUGGCCCGGCAGGCGGCCGAGAAGGAGGCGCUGGAGCGGGUGGCAGAGGAAGGCCAGCAGCAGAACGAGAGCCGCACGGCCUGGGACCUGUGGAGCACCCUGUGCAUGAUCCUCUUCCUGGUGAUCGAGGUGUGGCGGCAGGACCACCAGGACGCGCCUUCACCCGAGUGCCCGGGCGGGGACGAGGACGAGCUGCCCGGCCUGGAGGGUGCCCCGCUCCGGGGCCUCACCCUGCCCAACAAGGGCACGCUCAACCACUUCUAUGAGCGCUGCAUCCGGGGGGCCACAGCCGACGCGGCCCGCACCCGGGAGUUUGUGGAAGGCUUUGUGGAUGACCUGCUGGAGGCCCUGAGGAGCCUCUGCAACCGCGACACGGACAUGGAGGUGGAGGACUUCAUUGGCGUGGACAGCAUGUAUGAGAACUGGCAGGUGGACAGGCCUCUGCUGUGCGACCUCUUCGUGCCCUUCAUGCCCCCCGAGCCCUACCACUUCCACGCAGAGCUCUGCUGCUCCCGCCACCCCGUGCCCUUGGAUCGCCAGGGCUACGGCCAGAUCAAGGUGGUCCGGGCCGACGAGGAUCCCCUGGGCUGCAUCUGCGACAAGACCAAGCUCGGGGAAGACAUGCUGUGUCUCCUCCACGGAAAGAAGAGCCUGGCACGGCCAGGCAGCGAGGUGGAAACCCUGCUGUGUGCCAGAGGCGCCCCAUACCUGGACGCGAUGCAGGUCAUGAAAUGGUUCCAGACGGCCCUCACCAGAGCCUGGCACCGCAUUGCCCACAAAUACGAGUUCGACCUGGCAUUUGGUCAGCUGGACUCCCCUGGGUCCCUCAAGAUCAGGUUCCGCUCAGGGAAGUUCAUGCCCUUCAACCUGAUUCCUGUGAUCCAGUGUGACGACUCGGACCUGUACUUUGUCUCACACCUUCCCAGGGAGCCCUCUGGGGACGCCCCGGCAUCCAGCACCGACUGGCUCCUGUCCUUUGCCGUCUACGAGCGACAGUUCCUCAGGAUGACGUCGAAGGCGCUGCCUGAGGGUGCCUGUCACCUCAGCUGCUUGCAGAUCGCCUCCUUCCUGCUGUCCAAGCAGAGCCGCCUGACUGGCCCCAGUGGGCUCAGCAACUACCACCUCAAGACAGCCCUCCUGCACCUGCUGGUCUCCCGGCGGCCCGCCGACUGGGAGGCCGGGCAGCUCGAUGCUCGCCUGCACGAGCUGCUCCGAUUCCUGGAGAAGAGCCUGCUGGAGAAGAAGCUCCAUCACUUCUUCAUUGGCAACCGCAAGGUGCCCAAUGCCAUGGGACUCCCUGAGGCCGUUCGCAGGGCCGAGCCUCUCAACCUCUUCCGGCCCUUCGUCCUGCAGCGAAGUCUCUACCGGAAGACAGUGGACUCCUUCUAUGAGAUGCUCAAGAACGCCCCAGUGCUCAUUAGCGAGUAUUCCCUACAUAUCCCCUCAGACCAUGCCAGCCUGCCCCAAAAGCUGUUGUCUUGUAAAGUAUCCAGGACCCAGAGGGCCGGGGUGCAGGACGCCCCACAUGUCCACACCUCUGGGGGUGUCUACAGGGCCUGUCCUGGGAAAACAGUGGGCUUUGUUGGGAGCCUCAGCCCGCCAGGGAAUCCAGGCCCUACAGCCCGGAGGAAAGAAUCCCACACUGGAAGCUGGUUUGCUUUCAUGCCAACUGGGGCCUACUGGUGAGGUUACAGUCUGGGUUUGGUGGACACCCUGCAGCUUACUUUUGGAUCACCACAAAUGGCCAAGAGGAUGAUAAAGUACUCCAGGGACACUAAGUUAAAGACAACACAAACAUCGAUUUGAGUGCAGUUUUUACCUCCUAGGUCCAGUCUUUACUUGGAUAUCAAUAGACGAUCUCUAGGAGGGCUGACAGGGUAGCAUGUUAAGACCCUGCACCCUGUUUCCAGUCACUCUUGGCCCCGGCCAUCUGCACCCAAGGCACUAAUAGGGACAGCCAUGGGAAUUUGCAACCUUCUGUCCACAGCCUGCAAAACAGGAAUCUAACUGCAGCUGCCAUUUUUUAAGCUAUUUGGAAAAAAGACCAGGUAGAGAUUUGAGGCCCCAAGAGGCCAGUGUCUCUGUUGCACAGAAGUGGGUACUUGGUGGCAGAGAGAAGUUUAAUGUGGCCGCUUUUUCAGCUACACGUCUCAGGGUGCACCCCCUCACCCUACCUCUUCCCCCAGUGUGCUGAACUCUGUGGGUGCCACACACCGUGCAGGGUACAAGCUCCACGGCCCCUCACCCCUCUGUAUUCUCUCCACAGCCGGUCUCUACGUGGUGGGGGAGGGCAGAUACCGAAGGUGGAAGCUCCAAGAGACACAGGGUGAGCGGGAUAAAGGAUAGCACCUACACCCAGGGUACUCUGGUCUGGUUCGCAGCCUGGCCUCUGAUGCCCGGUUUAGAGAAAGUUGCAGAGCUGAGAAGUGACAGAUGCUGUAGCCCUGAGUUUUCUUCAGCAGGGUCUCGGUCCCAAAGCAGGAGCGCCUGGAGGCCAGGGGAGACCCAGCUCCAUCUGUUGGCCCCAAGACUUGCUCUCUCUAGUGGGGCUCCCUCACUGCACAGAACCCUCUUUUCUGGAAGGGGCCUUGCCAGCCACACAGAUGACCAAGACCCGGAGAGGCUCAGCUGACUGGGAGCACACAGGGACGGUAGUGCAGACCCAGCCCCCAAACCCCAGAGAGGUCACCUCAGUGCAGCCGGGGGCCCCGGUCACUGGGCAGGUGCCAGAGCCUGUGGUGGGCGCUGGCCUGUCUCCAGGCCUGUUUAGGGGGGUUGGGAAGCCACUCCUCCUCCACUUGUGGCUUCACUGGCCCUUUGGGAGUUCCUCUCAUGGCAUUGCCUCAGUAACCCUUACAGCAAGCCGAGGGGGAGGCAAGAAUGAGGGCGCCUGCACCAGCACCUGGGUUCCCCUCCAGGGUUUAAGCCGGCUAUGCCUGCUGAACAGCCUACCCGUUCCACCAGGCUGUCAGGCUCACCAUGAGCUGCAGAGGAUCCUGUCCUGACCCCAGAGGUCCUCUCACCUGGCCCCAGGGGCUCUGGAAGAUGGACAACCGGUUUGCCUGACAGGGUUUACUCGCAGCAGGCUGGGCUGUGAUGGAACACUGAAACCUGUAGGAACCCUUCCGUGUGAGCUGGAGUCAGACUGCACAGACUGGCGGCUGGGGCUGCAGGGAAGGGGCGUGCCCACAUGGUCCCCAACAGUAGCCCCAGGCCCCCCAUUCAGUUGGGACUUGUUUCCAGAGUCGGGUUGAAUUUCCAUAUUUAUUAUUGCCUGUGCCUUGCAUUCCCCCCUCCUUCAUCCGUAUCUUAUUGUGCUUGGAGGAGACCCCACAGCCAGGAACCAGCCUCCAGAAGCCAGGACCAAGCCUGAACCUCCCUUGGCUCCCAGAAGAAAGUUCACUGAAAAAUAACCUUCUGGCCUCUUGUUUAUUCAGAGAUGCCAACUCAGCGGGGAAAUGGGGGUCUUUAUGCAGCAAAGCUGCUUCUGAAGCAGAGAGCAGCAGGGCUCUCGGUGUUUCGUGCUGCCUUAUUUAUAUUAAAGGAAGAAUUAAAUUCUUACAAGAAGUA